CUGUGGGUGACUUGGCAGGGAUGUGCUCUGUUUCCUCACUUCUGCGAUUCUAGACAGCACAGAGGCCGGGGCUGCAGACAGAUACUCAGACCUGACAGAGGCGGCCGCUGCCCCGGGACAGGCACAGGUAGGAUCCUAUGACCAGCUGCCCACUCCAGCCCACCGUGAUGGAGGCAAAUGUUUCCUCUCAUGUGGAUUCUGAGUUCCGAUACACCCUCUUCCCAAUUUUUUACAGCAUCAUCUUUGUGUUGGGGGUCCUCGCCAACAGCUAUGUGCUGUGGGUCUUUGCCCACCUGUACCCUUCCAAGAAAUUCAACGAGAUAAAGAUCUUCAUGGUGAACCUCACCAUGGCUGACCUGCUCUUCCUGGUCACCCUGCCCCUGUGGAUCCUCUACUACUACAACGAGGGCAACUGGAUUCUUCCUGAAUUCCUGUGCAACCUCGCUGGCUGCUUCUUCUUCAUUAACACCUACUGCUCAGUGGCCUUUUUGGCCGUCAUCACUUAUAAUCGCUUCCAGGCUGUAACACAGCCCAUCAAGACCGUUCAGGUCACCACCCGCAAGCGUGGCAUCCUUUUGUCCCUGAUCAUCUGGGUGGCCAUUGUGGCCGCUGCAUCCUACUACCUCAUCCUGGACUCCACCAACACAGUGCCCAACAAGACGGGCUCAGGCAACAUCACACGCUGCUUUGAGCACUACGAGAAGGGCAGUAUCCCAGUCCUCAUCAUCCACAUCUUCCUCGUGUUCAGCUUCUUCCUCGUCUUCCUCAUCAUCCUCUUUUGCAACCUGGUCAUCAUCGUCACGCUGCUCACGCAGCCGAUGCAGAUGCAGCGCAAUGCAGAGAUCAAGUGCCGGGCGCUCUGGAUGGUCUGCACGGUGCUGGCUGUGUUCAUCAUCUGCUUUGUGCCCCACCACAUUGUACAGCUGCCCUGGACCCUGGCUGAGCUGGACUUCCAGAAGAGCAACUCCCACCAGGCUAUUAACGAUGCACAUCAGGUCACUCUCUGCCUCCUUAGUACCAACUGUGUCUUAGACCCCAUCAUCUACUGUUUCCUCACCAAGAAGUUCCGUAAGCACCUAACGGAGAAGUUUUACAGUAUGCGCAGCAGCCGGAAAUGCUCCCGGCUCACCACGGAGACAGGCACCGAAGUGGUCAUGCCGCUCAAAGAGGUCCCUGUCAAUUCCCUCAAAGAUUAGGCCCAGAUUGUUUGGAGCCCAGAGGCUUAUCCUCCAUGGACAUCAUGGAGGGACCUGGGGGAGGAAGGGGUGUCUGAUGCGGUCCUGGCAUCUGCUCCCUGGGCACUGGUGGCCCAUUAGGUAUGGAGGCUACCUCACCAAGGUGUCGAUGCUGGGUAGAGCCAGACUGCUGGGAAAUCCAGAACUUGAACGAGCCCUUUCAGCCACCUUUGGGCACAUGCCAUAAUAACCUUGGUUGGUAACCUCAUCCCGAGCGCCUGAGUCUGACAGCUCUGGAAGGAAUGUCAGGGCCAGGGGCAGUCCUUGGGGGUUGACACUGAGCCACCCAGUUCAUCCUACCAGGACAGCAGUCCCAAAUGAGUAAGUUCUAAAGUUUUGGGCAACCACUCCCUUUAUCACUAAAAAGUCAGAGAAGGGGUUUUGGAAAAGGGACGCUCCCCUCGCUGCGUGGCACCGUCUUUGGGAUAGACUUUUAAGCUAGGAUGGUGCUGCCCAGUCUCUACCUAAAGGCACAAGGUCUUUGUGGCACUCUCAGGGGAAGUGGCUUGGUGGAACCCUCUCCCGAGUCAUGCAACAACCUGUAUUGAGUGAUGACCAGAGAAGAUAAAACAUGCAUAGACCGAAAGCUAGGAUGGGGAGCCUGUCUCCUGGGGCAGAUGUGUGUUUCCGCACAGGCCUCACCUCAGGCCUGGGGCAGCUCUGGGGCAGCGGGAGAGACACAACACCCACAUCCACCUUCUGUCUCAACAAGGGACCCUGAAGAAGUAACUCCUGCAGCACAGCCACCCACUGUGGGUGGGCAAAGUCCCCUCAAAGCCAAAUUGGGGCCCUCCAGGCCACUGCGAUGCCCAGAGGCUUCCGUGGGAAAGGGCAGUUAGGCUGAGAAGUACCUGCAGGAAGGCCUCCAGAGUGGGAGGAGUCUGUAGCUCCCCCCCCCCACCUCACCUUCUGAGAGGCCCCUCUGACUUAGCUGCCACGAGCUGAGAAGAGCAACUAGAAUCCCAAGGGCAGGCAGGCACUUUGAGUUCUGGGUGCAGAAGAGAGGUGAAAACUUCUCUUGAGGAGUUCUAGAUGCCCGAGCCUCCUCUCGCACCCUGAGCACCUGCAGUGUGAACCUGACAGCCUCAGACGCAGGGGCUAGGAGGAGCCUUCCCUGGUUUCCAGAAAUCGUCUUCCCUUCCAGCCAGUGACCCCACAAAGCUGGGAUCCUCGUUUCCCGCAUACUGGGCUGAUUUUGAUAAAUGCCUCCCAAUGGGCCAGAGACCUGCUUGGGUCUGGGGUGGCAGUUGUGGGCUGGACUUAGCAGGUGGUGACUAGGUGGAUAGUGCAGCGGACUUGAACUUCGGGGUCACACAGACCCAGGUUCAAGCUGUGGCUUUGUCACUUCCUGCCCAGGGCCUGUGAACUGAGUUUCCUACCUCAUAGAGUUAUGAGGAGCAGAUACCUCUAGGUCAGGCUGACUGCUCAUCGCAGAUUCUCCCGUCUUCUGAGAAUUUGUUCCCCCGACCCUCCGAUAGGAGCUGAAGGGAUGAGAGGUGAGCGUCUGUCUCUAGUGGGGCCAGUCAGGUUCUCGCUUGGGAAUAAGCAGGAAGAUUCAGGGAUGCUCUUUCAGGCUCCGCAGGCCACUUACCGGAACACAUUUAAACUCUGGAGCUGUGUGUGUGUGUGUCUGCGUGUGUGUGUGAGGUGUGUGUGUCUGCAUGUCUGUGUGUGAGGUGUG